CAAACCCUGUCCGAAAUUCGAAUAUACCUCCCCUCUUAUUUCUCCACCGCCAAACCAUCCUCCUGUAACCAACUCCAAUCAUUAUCAUCACAUUAUUACUCCUGAACCCCAAGAAAUCUACUUUGAUUUUAAAUUUAAUCUGCAAAUUGAAAUCUCAACAGUCUCCCCUCUUUCCCAUUCGAUUUUCCCCCACUUUCUCCCCUCUCCAAACACCUACGAAGUUCGAGCUUCGAGUGCAAUGGAGAUGGCUAUGGAGGACGCCAGCUCUCACUCGCUUCUCUUCGUCGCUCGCUACGCGCUCCACUCUGACCGACGGACUCCGCGCUUCCUCAAGAAUCCUAUACAGAGUACGCCUCCAUUAUCUACUUUUAGAGUUUCCUCUGCUCAUUUCUAGAUUUUCCUACUUUUAGGGUUGUUAUUGCCGUUUUCGGUUUCUCUGUUGCUCUAUUUCUGCUGGAAUUUAAAGAAUUGGGAACGGAAGCUCUAGGGUUACAGUGAAUUUUGGUGAUUUUGUGUGUUUCGUUCGGGUGAUUUUGAAAGUUCUAUCAUCUUUGUGAUGAACGGAGUUUCGUAUAUGAAUUCUAGGGUUUCUUGAAGCUUCUUGAGUAACUCUUGGGAAAGUUUGAUUUUGAGUUAUUGGGAUUGAAAGAAGUUCCUGUAAUUUGAGUUUUAUCGAGUUUCAUAUGGUUGUUGAAAGCUCUCUGUCUAUGGAUGGAUACGGGUGGAUAUAUUCGAAUUUGAGCUUGGAUCUUGGGUGGUCUUGAAGGAGCUUUUGCAGUCGAAGUUGAACUUUGUUUUUUUCAAGGAAACUUUGAUGGCGGGAAGGUGGGACGUUGGGUUUCCAAAGACUAGCGCUAGUAGUCUUAGAGAGCAAGCAACAAGAACAAUUCUUCGCAAUGUGAGGUCACAAGGGCACACAUAUGUCGAGCUACGAGAAGAGGGGAAAAAGUUCAUUUUCUUCUGUACUUUGUGCCUUGCGCCAUGUUACAGUGAUAAGGUGUUAUUUGAUCACUUGAAGGGUAAUCUUCACAAUGACAGGUUAGCUGCUGCUAAGGUUACUCUCUUGCAAUCGAACCCGUGGCCUUUUAACGAUGGUGUGGUUUUCUUUCAUAACUCAAAUGAGACCGAUAAGCAGUUGGUGAUUCCAGAUGGCAAUAAAUGUAAGAUUUUGGAGUCUCAUGACAAUGAAAACAAUCUUGCUGUUGUCAAAUAUGGGGAAAAUUUGAUAUCUAAUGGCAAUGAGCAUUUUGGUGCUGAUGGUCAUGAAUGUAAUGAGCAUUCUGAUGACACCUCUGUGGUGAUCCCUAAUAUUCUGGUUAGGGAUGAAAUUACUGACAUAGAAGUGAAGCAGGUAGGUUUUGGACAAAUUGCUGCAAGGUUCCUCGAGAAGGAUGAGAUGUCAAAUUUUAUUAGUAGAAUAUGGUGUGAAUGGUUGGGGACAAGGACAGCUAGCAAUGAUUUACCCAAGGUUCCUGAGAACGACUUUGCUGUUGUUACCUUCAGUUACAAUAUUGAUUUGGGCAGAAAGGGGUUACUUGAUGAUGUAAGGAUGCUUCUCUCAUCCAGUCCUACAGAAGAAACAGAGAAUGGUGAAGGCAGCAACGGUAAGAGAAAGAAGUUCUUCUCUGACCCCAAGGAUAUUAGUGAAUCUCUAAGUAAUCAGUUUGAUUCGUGCGGGGAAGAUUCAUCUGCUUCCAGUGGUGCAACAUCAAGAUUGCUUUUAGACCGGUAUGAUGAUCAGCUUCUGCACACAAGAUUUAUUAACAAGUCAAUGAGGAGAGAGUUAAGACGGCAGCAGCGUUUAGCUUCGGGCAGAACGUGUGAUAUCUGUCAGCAGAAGAUGCUUCCUAGGAAAGAUGUAGCAACUCUCAUAAAUUUGAAGACAGGAAGGCUUGCUUGCAGUAGUCGAAAUGUGAAUGGGGCUUUUCAUGUGUUUCAUACUUCCUGCCUUUUACACUGGAUACUUCUGUGUGAGGUUGAGAUGAUCACGAAUCAGUCUGCUAGUUCAAAAGUGAGAAGAAGAUCUAGGAGAAAAACUGCAGCCAAGUGCAAUGGAAAAGAUGGUCAGAUGGUAGCUUUGAGCUCACAAAUAUAUUCUGUAUUCUGCCCAGAGUGUCAGGGCACUGGUAUCCUCAUAGAUAAAGAUGACCUGGAGAAACCAAAUGUCCCUUUGUACCAGCUGUUUAAGUAUAAGAUAAAGGUGAGUGAUGCACGUAGAGCAUGGAUGAAGAGUCCUGAAAUGUUGGACAAUUGCUCGACGGGUUUUCAUUUCCCUUCCCAAUCUGAAGAGGGAAUCGAGGUUUCUGAAAAGGUGAAACCGUUGAAGUUGCUGCAUUUCUACAGAGCAGAUUGAAUAGAGUUGCUGUCUGGGAACCAUGCAGCUGUUUGUUGUGAUUGGCCUCGCGAUUCUCAUGAGUAGGACUUGGGAGCGGACACACAGACGUAGGUGGUGGUAUGCGGGCUGUUAGCUUUUGUGGAUAAUUUGGAUUAGCUUGCUUAAUAAGAUAUGUUGUACAUACCUGUUGCUAACACAGGUACAUAAAUGUUGCAUCUGUUGUAUACAUUGUGACGCGUAGGGAAUUAUAUGUAUCUAUAUUUCUGUGGUAAGUAGAUUUUGUCACGUGUUUGAGGCCAAA